CCGACGCCGCGCCGGCGGACGCGCGACGCGACGCGACGCGACGCGACGCGAGAUGACGCGCUUCGUCGCGCUCGGUCGCGGGCUCGGCGCGUUCGAUCGCGGCGACGACGCGACGCGCGACGCGCGACGACGACGACGGCGACGCGCGCGCGAGGACGCGACGGCGACGGCGCGGGCGGUGCGCGACGGCGCGCGACGCGCGGCGCCGAUGGUCGGGAAGGCGGCGAACGCGGUCGCGCUCGGCGCGGCGCUCGCGGGCCCGGGCGAGCGCGCGGACGGGGCGCGAGGAGGGGGGCGACGACGCGAGGGCGGACGCCGCGCGGCGGCGCGCGGCGUGUUCGACGAUCCCGAUCGCGCGUGCACGAACGCCAUCAUGAUCGGCACGGCGAGCGCGUUCGCGUUACAGAUUUUGAGCGGACAGGCGAUCACCGCGCUCGGGGCGAAGGUGAACGAACGGAUCGCCGCGGGGCAGCUGUGGCGGUUGGCGACGCCGAUUUUUUUGCACGGCGGGCUGCCGCACUUGAUGGUGAAUAUGUACUCGUUGAACAGCAUCGGACCGCUCAUGGAGGCGACGUUCGGGCGCGAACAGUUUUUAGCGGUGUAUUUCGGCGCGGGCGUGGCUGGAAAUUACGCGAGUUAUCGGUUUUGCGCGUCGAAUAGCGUCGGCGCGAGCGGCGCCGUCUUCGGCUUGGCCGGCGCGUUGGCGGUGUACUUGCAGCGCCACAAGCGAUAUUUAGGCGAGCGCGCGGACAUGCAGCUGCAACAACUCGGCACGGCGUUGGCGGUGAACAUGGGUUUCGGUCUCACGAGUAGACGAAUAGACAAUUGGGGGCACGCCGGCGGACUCGUCGGCGGCGCCGCGUUGGCCUUCUUAACCGGACCUAAUCUCGUCAUGGAGACCGACGGUGGCUACGGUCUGCGACGCAAACUCGUGAACAAACCCAAGUUACAAUCCACGAUCCGCGCCAUCAAGGAUUUCUGGGACGAAGACGACGAAGACGAGGACGAGCGAUGACUUCCAGGCUGCCCAGUCCCGAGCAACAAACGUAGCGCAAGUAGAACGACAAUCGCGUCGAAAUCGCACCGUUAGCGCGUGAGCGCGU